GGCGGCUCUUCCUCCCUGUCAGAGAGCAGAGCGGAGCAGAGCGGCUGAGCAGAGGAGGGACAACAAACCUCACAGCCCGACUGCAUUUCUCCCACCAACGAAGUGCGACUUUGUCAUUUAAGGGCAAAUCUGCCCUCCAUCCAUCUCCAGGCUGCAGCGGCGACGAAGGGAUGCUGCGAUUUACGGACGGGGGGAGGUGAGAAACAGAAAAGCAAGGGAGAGAUAGGGAAACACCGCCUCUUCUCUCUCUUUUUUUAAAGCCAGCCCAUAUUUAUUGGACGCACCUCGGGUACAUAUCUGAAGAGCGGGAGGGAUCGAGUGACCGCCGCCGUCUUCUUUCCAAAUAUGCAAAAGAAAAACACAGAGAGGAAAUGCUUCAGAACAAGCAGCCAUAGCAUAUUGGUACCUUUAUGAUGGAGGAAACAUAUCAGGGUUAACAAAGCUUGCAGCUUCCCAUGUUGCGGGGGAGAGAUGUUUUGCAACUGUCGCCCGCUGUUUAGAAGAGAUAUGCAUCCCACGGCAUCAUCCUUCGCCUGUAACGCGUAACUCAGGCAGCUGCGCUCUGGAGGAGCAUGUAAAGCUGUUCCUGCUGAAGCCAGUGAUAAAGAAACCGUACUCCGGCUGGAGCAGAGCAACCUUUUCCUCCGGUCCUGAACUUCCGUGAGAUGACUCUGAGCGGAGCCUCCUGAGCUGUCCGCGGUGCUGAAUGAGCCAGUCAUCACAAAAAGCUGCUCUACGCAUGGACAACUGCUGGGCUUGACUGAGUCAGCCAGACCAGUAUUCCCUUCUUUCAUGGCUGUGGCACGGAAAAUCAAAACUUUGCUGACCGUCAACAUACUUGUGUUCGUGGGGAUCAUCCUGUUCUCGGUGUACUGCAGGAUUCAGGACCGAUCCGAGGAGCUGAUCCAGCUGGGGCGCCUCUCCGACCAGAGGCUGAGAGCCAGGAAUGGAAAAGUUUCCAACUCGGUGGACAGGCAGUCUAUUCUUCAGCGGCUGGAAAGGCUGGAGGAUGUGGUCUACAAUCAGUUAAACGGUCUGGCGAAGCCAAUGGGGCUGGUGGAGGGACCCGGCGGUCUUGGCCAGGGGGGAGCAGCUGCCACUCUCGGAGAGGAUAGCCACGAUGCAGAGGGGAAGUACGAGGAAUAUGGCUAUAACGCUCAACUGAGUGACCGCAUCUCCCUUGACAGAAGCAUUCCUGACUAUAGACCUAAAAAGUGUAAGCAGCUGACGUACCCAGAGGACCUUCCACAGAUCUCGGUUGUCUUUAUCUUUGUGAACGAGGCGCUGUCAGUGAUCCUCCGCUCCGUCCACAGCGUGGUCAACCACACACCAGCACACCUGCUUAAGGAGAUUAUUCUGGUAGAUGACAACAGUGACAGUGUGGAGCUGAAAUUUAACCUGGACCAGUACGUGAACAAACGCUACCCAGGCCUGGUGAAGAUUGUGAGGAAUAACAAGCGGGAGGGUUUGAUCCGAGCCAGAAUCCAUGGCUGGAAUGCUGCCACAUCACCUGUUGUCGGUUUCUUCGAUGCUCAUGUCGAGUUCAACACUGGAUGGGCUGAACCCAUUCUGACCCGGAUGAAGCAGGAUCAUACUCGCAUUAUUCUACCUGCCAUAGACAACAUCAAGUACAACACCUUUGAGGUGCAGCAGUAUGCCAACGCCGCCCACGGCUACAACUGGGGUUUGUGGUGCAUGUACAUCAUCCCCCCACAAGAGUGGCUGGACAAGGGCGAUGAGACAGCCCCUAUCAGGACUCCAGCUAUGAUUGGGUGCUCCUUUGUGGUUGAUCGGGAAUACUUUGGUGAGAUUGGGCUGCUUGAUCCAGGUAUGGAAGUAUAUGGAGGCGAGAACAUCGAGCUGGGAAUGCGGGUUUGGCAGUGUGGAGGGAGCAUGGAGGUCCUGCCUUGUGCCAGAGUUGCCCAUAUUGAGCGCACCAAGAAACCCUACAACAACGAUAUAGACUACUACGCGAAACGCAAUGCCCUGAGAGCGGCUGAAGUGUGGAUGGAUGAAUACAAAUCCCACGUCUACAUGGCCUGGAACAUUCCCAUGAAUAACCCAGGAGUUGAUUUUGGAGAUGUCUCAGAGCGUGUGGCCUUGAGGAAAAGGAUGCAAUGUCGGAGCUUUCGCUGGUACCUAGAGCACGUCUACCCAGAGAUGCGGAUCUACAACAACACCAUCACAUACGGCGAGGUGAGAAACAGUAAAGCCAGUGGUUACUGCCUUGACCAAGGCUCAGAGGACGAUGACAAAGCCAUCCUCUACCCGUGCCAUGGCAUGUCCUCCCAGCUUGCCCGCUAUUCUACUGAGGGUCUUCUCCAGCUUGGACCCUUGGGGUCAACCACAUUCCUUCCCGAUACAAAAUGUCUCAUAGAUGAUGGAAGAGGACGUACUCCAAGUCUGAAAAAAUGUGAUGCUGUUUCAAGGAUUUCCCAAAGGCUUUGGGACUUUACACAGAAUGGCCCAAUUAUCAACAGAGACACUGGUCGGUGCUUGGAAGUUGAGAUGUCUAAAGAUGCCAACUUUGGGCUACGUCUGGUGGUGCAGAGAUGUUCUGGUCAGAAGUGGAUGAUUCGAAACUGGAUCCGGCAUCCCAGGCACUAAGGAAACACAGUCAUUUCUGAGACAUUUUGGCCAGAAUUUCCAGUUGCAGCGAACUGUUAAGAGAGGAGGAGGAACUGAAGCACCCCUGUAAGGUGUAGGAUUUCCCCCUAUAAACUACAAAGCACGUUGACCUUCACCUGGGCAACGAUGAGUCUUAAAAAGGAACAUGAUCAAUUUAUCCCCCCCACUGAGCUCUGUCCUCUCACCACACCUUCAGGCAAGCUGCACAGUUUGAAAUGGCCAUGGUUUCUAGCAUUCAGCCAUAUGUAUAGAGCACAUUCCUUUUGUGCAAUCCGGCUCAAUAUUCUACAGAAGUGACUCUACUGUAAAACUCUUCCUUCUUAAUGGAAAAGAAGACAUGUGGGGAUUUCUGGGUCUAUUGACUUUCACAAGGUGUACUGGGGUAAAUUAGGAGAGAUAAUUGUCAUCAAUGACCAGAUGAAACCGGAUCUUUUGGGAGUAAUUUGAGCAAGUAGCUGUGGACAUAAUGUGCUGCCCUGGCAGGACAUGUAAUAGGCUUCACACCGGCUGGCAAUCGUCCAAUUAAAAUGAACUUCACUUAUUCUCACACAAACCACAACACGUCUUUGUUUCUGUGGACUGUAUGGCUCACUGUGGACGAAAGCAAUCAUGUGCCUUUUGUUUAUUAAUUUUCAGCUUCAUGUGACCAGAGAAUGUCAGCCCCCAAAAGCAUGUAUAAAGCUAUUUGAAAAAUAAUGGUCAAAUAAUGUAUAAAGCUGUUUAACGAUAGUAAUUUAUUGUAAAAAUGAAAUAAAAGUGCAAAAAUUGAUGGAAAUCAUCUUAAAGCAAUUAGAAUAUUAAAA